AUGAUGUCCGAUUCCUCAUUCUUGGACAAACCACUGCUCAAAGUCAGUCGACCAGUCGCUGCAUGCUCAAGGUGUCGAACAGCUAAGAUCAAGUGUGACGGGAAACUUCCCGCUUGUUCCGCUUGCGAGAGAGCAGGGAAAACAGAUACAUGCUCAAGUAGCGAUGAAUUUCCCCGAGGAAAGGAGAGAAGCUACGUCGGCUCUCUGGAAGCGUACUGUGAACGACUUGAAAAAAGGACAGCGGAGCUUCGCCAGCGUAAAGCGUUGCUGGUCGGAGGCGAGGAAGGUGUCAUCCAUGAAAGCUCGAUAACAUCGUCGUCUUCGACAGGACGUAUCCCACAGGCCCAUCGUCAGGAGGUGUCAAACAUAGAUGACCUCGUCGGGGACUUUGGCUAUCUGUCUGUUAGUGCCACCUCGAGAGACUUUCAAGGCAUUACGUCAAAUACGUCCUUCGCCAAUCUGCUGUUAUCGGUUUCGCUUGGUGAACAAAUCCCAAGAUCGUCUCCACAACCACUACCAUCUCGAUCCGAGAUUACACCCCUCGCGCAGCAUUACUUUGAUAUCUUCUUCACACAGUUGCCGUUCUUUUUUGAGACAACCUUCUGGGCCUCCGUUGACUCGGUGUAUCAGAAUGGCGCCCAUUUUGCGAGGCCUUUUGACAAUUGGAUCCUACGCAUGGUGUUGGCUACUGCCUAUGCUUCUAUGUCUAAUGUUUCCAAUGAUAGCAAUCAUCAAAGGGCCCUGUCUCUCGUCUCAGAUGCUUUGCAGUAUGCAGAAGACGUUCUACUCCCAGGCACUUUGAUGGGAAUCCAGGCAAUCAUGCUUUUCGCUCAGUAUUCUCUUGUUGACCCAACACAUUUUCGGGCUUGGUACCUUAUAGGAAUGGCAGCUAGAGUACUUGUUGAUUUGGGCUUGCACCAAGACCAUCAUUCGGAAUCCAUUCCAUCGGCUGAGCAGAAAGAUCUUCGACGUCGUGUUUUUCAUUGUCUCUACUCUUUGGACAGGGCCACGAGUGCUGCUUUGGACCGAACGUUUUCGUUCUCGGAUGAUUCCGCGAAUGUCGCCUUGCCGUCUUACUCUUCAGCAGCUGACUAUAGUCAUAUCUUCUCUCGCAACUUAGACCCAGCCUGGAACAUUGUCAGGAUUAGGCGCUUGUUGUCAGAGGCUUACCAGAAAAGGUAUUCUACUGAGUUCAUAUCCUCAUUUCAGACUCCAGCAUCAACUUGGGAGCUAGCCUCACAAGCUAGCGAAUGGUACAACACUCUACCCAAAAGCGCAUCUGCGUUUUAUCCGACAAUCUACCGAUUGGAAUACUUAUAUACCACCAUAAUUAUCUUGUCGCCUUCGAGUUACCAUGUUCCACACUGCAACUAUACAAAACUACUUCUAUUCAAUCGUUGCAUCGAUUACAUCCGUGAAAUCCAUCAAGUUCUUCAGAAUCGCACUUGGGUGCCUAUUAUGACUUUCCUGGAUAUUCAGCGCAUCUAUCAAGUUAGUCGAAGGCUCAUCCACAUCGUCACUCAAGAUUCCGACCUCCUCGUGAGCCUUAUUCCAGCCAUACCUCAGGUUCCGCACGACUGCCCCAGUCCACCGUUGCUGGAGUGCGAAGAUUAUUUGCAAUAUCAUGAGCGUGCAGCUGAGUGUCUGAACCAAGUGGAAAAUCUUCUGAAUCAUGGGGCCCGGAAAUGGAAGCUGCACAAUCUAUUGCAGGACUUUCGGAGAAUUUCAUCACCUGCUCGAGAGCAAUCCCUGAGUCCUGCUGCCAGCUACACAACUUCAAUCGGAACUUAUCUUUCCGAAGGGCCUGCCAUUAUGGCGUUCCCAGACGUUCAGUACACAAGCUAUAGUUUUGAUUCCAGCCCCGAGCACUUCAAUUAG